AUGGCUGAAUCUUCAUCACCGACAAAAGACAGAAAAAGGAGCAGCAUGGAUCACCCAUGUUCAUCAUUUUCUGGUGAUGCCAGCAGUCUCCUGACUAAAGAGCAGCUGCUGUGUUCGAUCUGUCUGGAUGUGUUCACUGAUCCACUCAGCACUCCAUGUGGACACAACUUCUGUAAGAGCUGCCUUACACAGUGCUGGGAGAAGAGUCAACGCUGUCACUGUCCAUUAUGCAAAGAGAAAUUCACCAAGAAACCUGAACUGAAGAUUAAUACAAUACUGAGAGAGGUUGCAGAUCUCUUCAAGAAGAAACGUGGUCCUGACAAACCUGAGGUUCUUUGUGAUGCCUGCACUGGAGAGAAGCUGAAGGCUCUGAAAUCCUGUCUUGAUUGUGGACUGACUUUCUGUAAAACUCAUUUAGAGCCUCAUAAUCAUGUUUCCAAACUUAAGAAACACAAACUAAUAAACCCUGUGGAGAACCUGGAGGACUACAUAUGCCAGAAACAUGAGCGACCGCUGGAGCUGUUCUGUAGAGAUGAUCAGACGUGUGUGUGUCAGUUCUGCACUGAAGGAGACCACAAGAAUCACAACACUGUUCCUAUAGAGGAGAUCGGAGAGAGGAAGACUCAGCUGGGGAAAACACAGACAGAUGUGCAGCAGAUGAUUCAGGGCCGACUGAAGAAGAUCCAAGAGAUCAAACACUCAGUUGAGCUCAGCAAAAGAAGCACAGAGAAAGAGAAAGCAGACAGUGUUGAAGUCUUCACUGCUCUGAUUCGCUCCAUUGAGAGAAGUCAGGCUGAGCUGCUCGAGGUGAUGGAGGAGAAGCAGAAAGCAGCAGAGAGGCAGGCUGAAGGACUCAUUAAAGAGCUGGAGCAGGAAAUCACUGUGCUAAAGAGGAGAGACACUGAGCUGGAGCAGCUCUCACACACUGAGGAGCAUCUCCACCUCCUACAGAUUUACUCCUCCAUGUGCAGCCCUCCACACACCAAGAACUGGACUGAGAUCAGUAUUAACACUGAUCUGAGUGGGGACACUGUGAGGACAGCUCUGUCUCAGCUUCAGAAGACUCUGAAUGAGAAACUCACUAAAACACUCGAUGACAAGUUAAAGGAAACAGUGGAUGUGACUCUGGAUCCUGAUACAGCUCAUCCCGAUCUCAUCCUGUCUGCUGAUGGAAAACAAGUGACACUUGGAGACAAACGACAGAAUCUCCCUGAUACACCACAAAGGUUUGAUUAUUGUGUCUGUGUUCUGGGAAAGCAGAGUUUCUCCUCAGGGAGAUUUUAUUAUGAGGUGCAGGUCAGAGGGAAAACUGCGUGGGAUUUAGGAGUUGUGAGAGAGAACAUUAACAGGAAGGGGAUGAUUACACUGAAACCUCAGAAUGGAUUCUGGACUGUGGCACUGAGGAAUGAGAAUCAGUAUCAGGCUUGUGCUGGUCCCCCUGUCCCCCUCACACUGAGAGAGAAGCUGGAGACGGUGGGGGUGUUUGUGGAUUAUGAGGAGGGUCUGGUCUCCUUUUAUGAUGUGAAGUCCAGAUCUCAUAUCUACUCUUUCACUGGUCAGUCUUUCACUGAGAAACUCUAUCCAUUCUUCAGUCCUUCUUUAAAUUAUGGAGGUAAAAAUUCAGCCCCACUGAUCAUCUCUCCUGUAUUAAACACUGAAUGAAUUUUCAACUCACAAAUUUAAUCAUCUAUUAAAUGGUGAGAAUAAACAAAAAUAUUUUACAUUUUCUGGUUAAUUUUAGAAAUACAUA